AUGCCUGAAAAUCCUGCUACAGAUAAACUGCAGGUCCUGCAAGUUCUUGAUCGCCUGAAAGUGAAGUUGCAGGAGAAGGGCGACACAUCGCAGAAUGAGAAGCUAUCCAUGUUUUAUGAGACACUGAAAAGUCCUCUCUUCAACCAGAUACUCACACUUCAGCAGUCCAUCAAACAACUCAAGGGACAACUGAGUCAUCUACCUUCAGAUUGUUCAGCCAACUUUGACUUUUCAAGGAAAGGUUUAUUAGUGUUCACAGAUGGUGCCAUUACUAAUGGGAAUGUCCAGCGGUCCGCUAAUAACUUUACUGUGUCGGGGUUAUUUCCUUGGACCCCUAAGUUGGGAAAUGAAGACUUUAACUCAAUCAUUCAACAGAUGGCACAGGGCCGGCAAAUUGAAUAUAUUGAUAUAGAGCGUCCUUCAACUGGAGGCCUUGGAUUCAGCGUAGUGGCCCUUAGAAGUCAAAAUCUGGCAGAAGUUGAUAUCUUCGUGAAGGAAAUACAGCCAGGAAGCAUAGCGGACAGGGAUCAAAGGUUAAAGGAAAAUGAUCAAAUAUUGGCUAUUAACCAUACGCCACUGGAUCAGAACGUUUCCCAUCAGCAAGCAAUUGCAUUGUUACAACAAACCACUGGAUGUUUGAGUCUGGUUGUGGCCAGGCAGCCAGUCCACCCAAAAAGCAGCACUGACACAAUUCUGCCAGAAACAGUUCGUUGGGGUCAUAUUGAAGAUGUUGAACUCAUUAAUGAUGGCUCUGGAUUAGGUUUUGGAAUAGUUGGAGGGAAAUCAAGUGGUGUGGUUGUGAGGACUAUAGUUCCUGGAGGGUUAGCGGACCGAGAUGGAAGACUCCAGACAGGGGACCACAUCUUGAAGAUUGGUGGCACCAAUGUGCAGGGGAUGACCAGCGAGCAAGUUGCACAAGUGCUGAGAAACUGUGGGAAUUCAGUCAGGAUGCUAGUUGCAAGAGACCCAAUAGGUGAAAUUUCUGUAACCCCUCCAACCCCUGCAGCCUUACCUGUUGCCUUGCCUGCUGUGCCCAACAGGAGCCCUAGUUUUGACAAUUCUCUUUAUGAAACUUAUAAUGUUGAGCUCAUUAAAAAAGAUGGGCAGAGUCUUGGGAUUAGAAUUGUUGGCUAUGUUGGAAGUGCUCAUACAGGGGAAGCUUCUGGGAUUUAUGUGAAAAGUGUAAUACCUGGCAGUGCUGCAUACCACAAUGGACAAAUUCAAGUGAAUGACAAAAUAGUUGCUGUUGAUGGUGUGAAUAUUCAGGGUUUUGCCAACCAGGAUGUUGUUGAAGUAUUACGUAACGCAGGGCAAGUGGUACACCUAACCCUCGUUCGAAGGAAGGCAUCCUCACCAGCUUCGCCACUUGUGAAACAGCCUCCCCUGGCUGAACAGCCUUCAGACACAGGAACUGUUGUAGAACCACCAAAACCACCAGCCCUCUUUCUAGCUGGAGCAGUGGACACAGAAACUAAUUUGGAUAUUGAAGAUGAGGAAACUGAAGAAAGAAUGGAUAAUCUAAAAAAUGACAACAUACAAGCCUUAGAAAAACUGGAAAGAGUCCCUGACUUUUCAGAAAAUGAGCUGAAAUCGAGAUGGGAAAACCUAUUGGGCCCUGAUUAUGAAGUUAUGGUUGCUACUUUGGACACACAGAUUGCAGAUGAUGCUGAGUUACAGAAAUAUUCAAAGCUCCUGCCCAUUCACACGCUGAGGCUUGGCAUGGAAGUGGAUUCCUUUGAUGGGCAUCAUUAUAUCUCUUCGAUAGUUCCAGGUGGUCCUAUUGACACGCUGAACCUCCUUCAGCCAGAGGAUGAGCUUCUUGAGUUCAAUGGUGUGCAGCUCUAUGGGAAAUCUCGCCGAGAAGCAGUCUCCUUUCUUAAGGAAGUGCCACCCCCUUUUACCUUGGUUUGCUGUCGACGAUUGUUUGAUGACGAAGCCUCUGUAGAUGAGCCAAGGACCACUGCAGCCUCUCUUCCCGAGAUGGAGGCUGAUCAUAAUGUAGAUGUCAACACUGAAGAAGAUGAUGAUGGGGAAUUAGCACUGUGGUCUCCUGAAGUCAAGAUUGUUGAACUAGUAAAAGAUCAUAAAGGCUUGGGAUUCAGCAUUUUGGAUUACCAGGACCCCUUAGAUUCCACAAGAUCAGUGAUUGUGAUUCGUUCCCUGGUGGCCGAUGGUGUUGCGGAAAGAAGUGGAGAACUACUACCUGGAGACCGCCUGGUCUCGGUCAAUCAGUACUGUUUGGACAACACCAAACUUGCAGAUGCUGUGGAAGUGUUGAAAGCUGUGCCACCAGGCACUGUCCGUCUUGGCAUAUGCAAGCCUUUGGGGGAAGAUGAUAAAGGGGAAGAAAGUCAUUAUCUUUUACAGUCAAACCCUAAUGAAGACAAGACUGAAAUUUCAGGAACAAUUCAUGAUAUAAAUUCAUCUUUAAUACUUGAAGCACCCAAGGAAUUUAGAGAUGAACCCUAUCUUAAAGAAGAACUUGUGGAUGAGCCACUUCUAAAUUUGGGAAGAUCUUUCCAGUCCCAACAAAACGAGAUAGACAAUAGCAAGGAGGCCUGGGAAAUGCAUGAAUUUCUGACUCCUGGAUUGCAGGAGAUGGGUGAAGAAAGAGAAAUGCUUGUUGAUGAAGAAUAUGAGCUCUAUCAAGAUUGCUUUCCGUCCGUGGAGUUGUAUCCCUCCUCACACAUUCAAGAGACUGCGCCUGUUCCAGCCAUGAAGGAACUUCACUUUGGUGCACGGUGGUUCUGUGACAGUGAACCGGCUGACCCUCAAGAAGCAAGGCCCAUAAUGAGUGUAUAUUCCCCGGACACACAGCAGUAUGGCUACAGCACUGAAAACGUGAUGAAAGAAAAUUUUGGCAUCAAUUCCCAUCCCUCCAUAUCUUCUACUGAAGGAAACAGUCAACAAGGCAGAUUUGAUGAUCUGGAAAAUCUUAAUUCGUUAACAAAAAGCAGCCUGGAAUUAGGCAUGAUGAUUCCGAAUGACGUCCAAGGUCCUGGCUUGCUUGUUGAACUUCCCACUAUGGCUCAAAGACGGCAGCAAGAGGAUCUGCCCUUAUACCAACUCCCCAGGGCCCGAGUUGUUUCCAAGACCUCAGCACCCACAGGAAUGUUGUCUUCUAGAUACACCACUGAUGCAUAUGAGUUACCUGAGAGAGAAGAAGGUGAAGGGGAAGAAACGCCAAACUUCAGUCACUGGGGUCCACCAAGAAUUGUUGAGAUUUUUAGGGAACCCGAUGUGUCUCUUGGUAUUAGCAUUGUUGGUGGACAAACCGUUAUAAAACGCCUGAAGAAUGGAGAGGAGCUUAAAGGUAUAUUUAUCAAACAAGUUUUAGAAGAUAGUCCAGCAGGAAAAACAAACGCUCUUAAAACUGGAGAUAAAAUACUUGAGGUGUCUGGAGUGGAUUUGCAGAAUGCCUCACACAGCGAAGCCGUGGAGGCCAUUAAGAAUGCAGGAAACCCUGUGGUGUUCGUUGUCCAGAGCUUGUCAACCACUCCGAGAGCCAUUCCUAGUGUGCAUAACAAGGCCAACAAAGUCGCUAAUAACCAGAACCAAAGCACCCAAGAAAAAAAAGAAAAGAGGCAAGGAAGUGCUCCGCCUCCGAUGAAGCUGCCGCCUCCUUACAAAGCUCCGUCUGAGGAAAGUGAUGAAAAUGAAGAGGAAUAUGCAUUCACCAACAAAAAAAUCAGGCAAAGAUAUGCAGAACUGCCUGGAGAAUUACACAUUAUUGAACUUGAAAAGGAUAAGAAUGGACUUGGACUCAGUCUUGCUGGCAAUAAGGACAGGUCACGCAUGAGCAUCUUUGUGGUGGGAAUUAAUCCAGAAGGACCUGCAGCCACAGAUGGACGCAUACAUAUUGGAGAUGAACUAUUAGAGAUAAACAAUCAGAUUCUGUAUGGAAGAAGUCACCAGAAUGCAUCUGCCAUUAUUAAGACUGCCCCAUCCAAGAUCAAACUGGUUUUCAUCAGAAAUGAAGAUGCGGUCAAUCAGAUGGCUGUGGCUCCCGUUCCGUUACCAUCAAGUUCCCCAUCUUUUAUUGAGGAUCAGAGCGGCCCCGAACCUGUGAGCAGUGAGGAAGAUGGCAGUCUUGAAGCUGGUACUAAACAAGUGCCUGAAAGUGAAAGCUCCAAAUUGGAAGACGUGGUGGCAGAUCCGCAGAAGGCGAUGGAGUGCCCAGCCGACAACGCUGUCAGCCAGAAACAGCAAAAAUAUUCAACGAAAGUCUCCUUCAGUUCACAAGAGAUACCUUUAGCACCAACUCCAUCAUACCAUUCAACAGAUGCAGGCUUCACGGGCUGUGGUGGUUUCCAGGCUCCCCUGUCAGUGGAUCCUGCCACGUGUCCCAUUGUCCCCGGCCAGGAGAUGAUUAUUGAAAUAGCCAAGGGGCAUUCAGGGCUUGGCCUCAGCAUUGUGGGAGGAAGAGACACACCCUUGGAUGCUAUAGUUAUACAUGAAGUCUAUGAGGAAGGAGCAGCAGCCAGAGAUGGAAGACUUUGGGCUGGUGACCAGAUAUUAGAGGUUAAUGGGGUUGACCUGAGGAAUGCCAGCCAUGAAGAAGCCAUCACAGCCCUGAGGCACACCCCCCAGAAGGUGCGACUGGUGGUGUAUAGAGAUGAGACACACUACAGAGACGAGGAGAACUUGGAGUUUUUCCAUGUGGAUCUGCAGAAGAAGGCUGGCAGAGGACUGGGCCUGAGCAUCGUUGGGAAACGAAAUGGAAAUGGAGUGUUUAUUUCUGACAUCGUGAAAGGUGGAGCCGCAGACCUUGAUGGGAGAUUGAUUCAGGGAGAUCAGAUCUUAUCUGUGAAUGGGGAAGACAUGAGAAAUGCCUCACAGGAGACAGUGGCCACCAUCCUCAAGUGUGCGCAGGGGCUGGUGCAGCUGGAGAUUGGAAGACUCCGAGCUGGUUCCUGGGCUUCCUCGAGGAAGACAUCACAGAACAGCCAGGGGAGUCAGCAUAGCACACACAGCAGCUUCCACCCUGCCCUGGCUCCUGUCAUCUCCAGCCUGCAGAGCCUGGUCGGCACAAAGAAGGCUUCCGAUCCAACCCCCAGAAAUUCAGGCACAGAUGUGGGACCAAGGACCGUUGAGAUAAUCAGGGAGCUCAGUGAUGCCCUUGGAAUCAGUAUUGCUGGAGGAAAAGGAAGUCCCUUGGGAGAUAUCCCAAUAUUUAUUGCCAUGAUUCAGGCCAGCGGUGUAGCUGCACGCACACAGAAGCUUAAAGUUGGAGAUCGGAUUGUCAGCAUCAAUGGGCAACCUUUGGAUGGGCUGUCUCACGCGGACGUGGUUAAUCUGCUGAAGAACGCCUAUGGGCGCAUUAUCCUGCAGGUUGUAGCAGAUACUAAUAUAAGCGCCAUAGCAACUCAGCUUGAAAGCUUGUCUACGGGCUACCACCUUGGUUCACCCUCUGCUGACCACCAACCGGAAGACACAGAAACACCUCCACCUAAGAUUAUUACUUUGGAGAAAGGCUCUGAAGGAUUGGGGUUUAGUAUUGUAGGGGGUUAUGGAAGUCCCCAUGGAGACCUGCCAAUUUAUGUCAAGACUAUAUUUGCAAAGGGAGCAGCUGCAGAUGACGGCCAAUUGAAGCGAGGUGAUCAAAUUUUAGCUGUUAAUGGCGAGACUCUAGAAGGUGUCACUCAUGAGCAAGCUGUGGCCAUUCUAAAACGCCAGACAGGGACUGUAAUCCUAACUGUGCUGUCAUGA